CUUUCUUCCCUCCCUUCACUCAGUCAUACAGUGAGGCCCGUUGCGUGUUCCUGUGUGUGUCAGCUUCACAGAGAGCAAUAUCGAGUGGGACACGGAAUGCCUGCGUACGCCACCAACAUGAGAAUCAAGUUCCCUAUCGUGGCCUUGGCUUUGGAAGUUAUUACCAUCAUCCUGUUUGCAGUCUUUGUGGUUUACGAUGACGGCAAAGGUCACGGCCACGAUGCACACAGCAACGGCACGGGCCAUGGAGACCAGCCUAUGCAGCUCUAUCCCAUGUUCCAGGAUGUCCACGUGAUGAUCUUCAUCGGCUUUGGAUUCUUGAUGACCUUCCUAAAGAGAUAUGGCUUCAGCAGCGUGGGUGUCAACCUGCUAUUGGCUGCCUUUGGCCUGCAGUGGGGCCUUCUCAUGCAGGGCAUUUGGCAUCUGGAUCAUGGCAAGAUUAAGAUCAACAUCUUUAAAAUCAUCAACGCAGACUUCAGCACAGCAACAGUCCUCAUUUCCUUUGGCGCAGUACUUGGUAAAACCAGCCCUGUGCAGUUGCUCAUCAUGACCAUCCUGGAGAUCACCAUCUUCUCCAUUAAUGAGCAUCUGGUGGCAGAAGUCAUGGGGGCUAAUGAUGUCGGAGCCUCCAUGAUCAUUCAUGCCUACGGAGCCUAUUUUGGUUUGGCCGUAGCUCGAGUGCUUUACAGACCCGGAUUGAGGAAUGGUCACGAGAACGAUGGCUCCGUUUAUCACUCUGAUCUGUUUGCUAUGAUUGGGACUGUGUUCCUCUGGAUGUUCUGGCCCAGUUUUAACUCAGCCAUUGCAGACCCAGGUUUCACCCAACUCACUGCAGUAAUCAACACCUACCUCUCCCUGGCCGCCUGUGUUCUCUCAGCCUACGCCAUUUCUAGCCUGGUGGAGCACAAAGGAAAACUCGACAUGGUGCACAUUCAAAACGCCACCCUGGCUGGCGGCGUUGCUGUGGGAACUUGCGCUGACAUGAACAUCGGGCCUUUUGGAGCGAUGCUGAUUGGAUUAGUGGCUGGUAUCAUUUCCACACUGGGCUUCAAAUACUUGACACCUGUUCUGGCCUCUAAUCUGGGCAUCCAGGAUACCUGCGGUGUACACAAUCUGCACGGCAUGCCGGGCAUACUGGGUGGUUUGGCUGGUAUUGUUGCUGUGGCUUUGGGGAAAAAGGAUGGGGGUACAGCUACCAUGCAAGCCGCUGCCUUAGCUUCAUCCCUUGGAUUCGCUUUGGUUGGAGGGGCCAUCACAGGUUUAAUAAUGAAGCUACCUAUCUGGGGACAACCUCCUGACCAGAAUUGCUUCGAUGACUCUAUUUACUGGGAGGUCCCUGCAGAGGAAGAGGAGAAUGAAGAAAGCUUGGCUCAUGCAGAUCACUCAAAGAACAAAGCAGAUGUAUAAAAAUUUGAAAGGACGAAAAAAAGCUUAGCAGGGAAUAUUGCUCUACAAUGCUCUUCAUUACAGUUUGGUUUGAAUUGAGACAUUAAAAAGCAGCACAGAUCCCUGCAUAUAACAAUGUGGUCGUCUUAAAUACUGAGGAGAGGCAAAAUCAGUUUGUUAAUUGAACAUUAGAAUGUAAUCGAUUGCAAAAGAAUUGAAACAUGAGGCAAAAUUGUGUGGUUGCCAUUAGAUGGCACUGUUGAUUGAUUCUCAAUUAAGCAACAUCCAUGGAGAGAGACCAUUACUAAAUUGAUUCAUAAUGGAGUUUUUAAACUGAAAAAUGAUUCAGAUUUGAUAAGAUUCAAAUAUUAUCCCUUGAUUUUUUUUUUUUUUUUUUAAUCACAUUAAACCUCAUGGUUGUCUUUUUACUUUACACUGAAAUCAACAGUUCACAUUCAAUGCUGGAACACAGCAACACGUGUAAGCUUUUUCUUUAUUUACCUCUGAACAUAUUAAUACAGUGUGUAUUUUUUUACACUUUCAAGCAUUAUGUUAUG